AAGUUAGGUAACCAAGUAUACACCAACAAGUCAAUUCCAAAAUUGCGACAAUUCAUGUCAAACGUGUCUGAAGUUUUUAUUUUGAUCACAAGUUGGAGAAUUUUAUUUAAUAAAAUCUGGCUAGUGGGUUUUCAGCGAAAUGAAGACGCGAUUUAACACUUACGAUAUCGUCUGUAGCGUCACAGAGUUACAAAAGUAUGUAGGAAUGCGAGUGAAUAAUAUCUACGAUGUGGAUAAUCGCACAUAUCUUAUUCGGCUGCAGAGAACCGAAGAAAAAGCCGUUUUACUGAUAGAAUCGGGCAAUAGGUUCCAUACAACAAAUUAUGAAUGGCCCAAAAAUAUGGCACCCUCUGGUUUCAGCAUGAAAUUGAGAAAACACUUGAAAAACAAAAGAUUAGAGAGUUUAACACAAAUGGGAACAGACAGAAUUAUAGAUUUUCAGUUUGGAACUGGGGAAGCUGCUUAUCAUGUGAUAUUGGAGUUGUAUGAUAGAGGAAAUGUUGUGUUGUGUGAUCAUGAAAUGACAAUAUUAUAUGUGUUGAGGACUCAUACUGAAGGUGAGAAUGUCAGGUUUGCUAUUCGAGAGAAGUAUCCCCAUGAUAGAGCCAGGGAAUCAGCUGCACCAAGUUUAGAAGAUAUUAAAAAAUACUUGGAAGGUGGAAAACCAGAAGACAAUUUGAAAAAAGUACUCAUGCCUAAACUAGAGUAUGGUCCUGCUUUGAUUGAGCAUGUUUUACUUAAACAUGGCUUUAAGAAUACAAAAAUAAAAGAUUUUAAUAUGGAAACUAGUUUAGGAAAGUUGCAUCUUGCUUUGACUGAAGCAGAAAAUGUGUUGUCAGCAGCAAAAACGAAUCAUUCCAAAGGAUAUAUCAUACAAAAGAAGGAAGAAAAGCCAAACCCAAACUCUAAAGCAGAAAAAGAAUAUUUUUACUCAAACCAAGAAUUCCACCCAAUACUCUACUCACAGCACGAAAACCUACCUCAUCAAGAAUUCGAGACUUUCAAUCAAGCCGCCGAUGAGUUCUUCUCGACCUUACAGGCCCAAAAAAUCGACUUGAAAUCUAUGCAACAAGAACGCGAAGCAAUUAAAAAACUCGAAAAUGUUAAAAAGGAUCAUGACCAACGCUUGCUCGCACUAGAAAAGACACAAGAAAACGAUAAGAUCAAAGCUGAACUCAUUUCAAACAAUCAACAACUCGUUGACAACGCAAUUAUAGCCAUCCAAAGUGCCUUGGCUAGCCAGUUACCGUGGACCGACAUCGAAGAGAUGGUUAAGGAUGCAGCGGCUAAAGGCGACCCGGUAGCAAAGCACAUUAAACAACUUAAACUGAACACAAAUCAUUUUACAAUUCUUCUCGCGGAUCCUUACUACGAGGAUGAAGAAAAUGCUCCACCACCGCUUGUGUUAGUAGAUAUUGACCUGGCAUUGACUGCGUUUGCAAAUGCGAGGCGCUACUAUGAUCAAAAGCGAUCAGCGGCUAAAAAACAGCAGAAAACGAUUGAAUCUUCCAGCAAAGCGUUGAAAUCGGCUGAGAAGAAAACCAAACAGGUUUUAAAAGAAAUGCAGACCACAACAAAUAUUAACAAAGCAAGAAAAGUAUAUUGGUUUGAGAAAUUUUUCUGGUUUAUUAGCAGCGAGAAUUAUAUGGUUAUCGCAGGUCGGGACCAACAGCAGAAUGAACUUAUUGUGAAAAGAUAUAUGAAACCAGUUGAUAUCUACGUGCACGCGGAUAUUCAUGGUGCAUCUAGUGUGGAUAAAAAUCCAUCAGGGAAACCGGUACCGCCAAAAACAUUGAAUGAAGCUGGGACAAUGGCGAUUUGUUACAGUGUCGCAUGGGAUGCUAAAGUGUUAAGUAAUGCGUAUUGGGUCUUUGGCGACCAAGUUAGUAAAACUGCUCCGACUGGAGAGUAUUUAACGACGGGUAGCUUUAUGGUUCGAGGCAAGAAGAAUUUUCUACCACCAUCGCAGUUAAUUCUUGGACUGGGAUUCUUGUUUAAGUUAGAGGAUGGUUCAGUAGAGAGACACAAAGGCGAAAGGAAAGUUUUAACAGCUUUGGAGGAAAUGGACCAAUUACAAGUUACCAGUGAAGAGGGAAAGGAUGAAGAGGAGAUAGUUGUAUCGGAUGGAGAUGAUGAUGAAGAUAAUGAUGAAAAAGAACCAGAUGAUAAACUAGAAGACAUUUCGGAAGAACCAGAAGUAAAAAUCGAACCAAAUGAAGAUGUUUCAGAUGACAGCAGCAGUGAUGAUGAUUUAAAGUUUCCUGAUACUCAAAUCAAGAUUAAACAUUUUCAAGGCACCACAAAGAUUGAUAUUGAUUCAAAAACUUCUUUAUUAGAAGAGCAUAAAGAUGAACUUGAGGAUCGCAUCGAAAAGGCGAGACAGCGAAGUCGAACUGCCAGUGAAGCAAGCACAAAAUCCAAAGUAUCCACAACAAGUCAAGAAAAAGAAGUAAAAGAACCGAAAGUAAAGCAACCACCGCCGAAACGUGGCCAAAAAAGUAAACUAAAGAAAAUAAAAGAAAAGUACAAAGAUCAAGAUGAAGAAGAACGCGAAUUGCGCAUGACAAUUCUUCAGUCGUCUGGUCCAUUAAAGAAAAAUAACAAGAAGAGCCAGAAGAUCACGCAGGCUGCAGAACAGCAAGCCAAAAAACAGCAAGCGCGCCAGCCGCGCAUUAAAACAGAGCAGGAGUUGCAAGAAGAUGAUGAACCCGUGGUAGCUGCCGAUGUGGACAUGAUCGAUGCACUUACAGGUUUGCCUGUGGUUGAAGACGAGCUACUCUUUGCCGUGCCAGUUGUUGCACCUUACAAUACCUUGGCGCAAUACAAGUUCAAAGUAAAAUUGAUACCAGGCACAUCAAAACGCGGUAAAGCUGCAAAAACUGCAGUGAACAUGUUCCUACACGAUAAAACAACAUCGCAACGCGAGAAGGACCUGCUCAAAGCAGUAAAAGACGAAACACUCGCUCGGAACAUCCCCGGCAAAGUGAAACUUUCAGCGCCGCGUAUGCAAGCUUUACGAAAAUAAUAAAAAAAGUUAAAUUUUGUUUGUUAUUAAAAGAUUUAACUAGAUAUAAAAGUUUUAAGUUAAAA